AGAAUUUCCAGAAUGAGCCAAGCUGAGGAAAGCAGUGGCAACUCAACAUGGAAUAUUGUGAGAUCAGUAGUCUGCAUGAUACUGGGCUUGUCAUUUAUAAUUGGCACCCCAGGAAACUGCAUCGUCAUCUGGACUAUUUGCACAAAAAUGAAACAAGUAUCUCUUUCAGUCCUGCUGAUUGUGAACCUGGCCAUUGCUGAUGUCCUUGUACUGAUCACUUUACCAAUCUGGAUUUACUCUUUUGCUGACUCAUGGGUUUUUGGAGUAAUCUUCUGCAAAAUGCUGGUUUUCAUUAUUUACUGCAGCAUGUAUGCUAGUAUAUUUCUGAUAACAGCACUCAGCUUGGAGCGGCUACUGGCUGUGUUUUACCCUUUCACAAUUCAAAAGUACAGAAGAAAAGAGAAAAUUUCUUUGAUUGUGUUCCUCAUUUGGUUCCUGUCUAUUGCCUUUGGCAUUUCUGUCAUUCCAUUUCAAGAGACAGAAGAAAUGAAUGGUCGGCUUCUAUGCACAUGUCGGAACUACUCUUCUAAUAGACAGAAAGUGUCGUAUCUUCUGCUGGAGACCCUCGCAGGUUUUGUAAUUCCCUUCUUAAUUAUUUGCACUUGUUAUGCGUGUGUUGCAAGAAGAAUAAGCAGGAUGACUUACCCAUCGAAGCAGAGAUCGGAACGUCUCAUUGCCAGCGUCGUGGUGGCAUUCAUUCUGUGCUGGUUCCCUCACCAUCUCUUUAACAUCCUGGAUAUCAUUUCAAUUGAAAUAGAACUCUCUAAUGAGGAGAUGUCUUUGGCACUGGAAGAAAUUGUAGACAAAGGAGUGUACAUUUCUGGAGCACUUGUAUUCAUCAGUAGCUGUAUUAACCCCCUGCUUUAUGCUUUUGCUGCACGAAGGUUUCAGAACCACCUGAGGUUUGCCAAGAUGUCGAAGCUGUUUGAACAGAUUACUCAGACUGCAACAGAGGAGGACAGGAAAAGAAGUCUGGUUGUAGCCAAACGUGAAGAUCCCUUGGUAGGCACAGAAAACCUCUAA